AUGUCAAUCAUCCACACCCUCCUCCCCUGCUUCUUCAGCGCCCGCCGCAAGUCCACCACAGCUACCAGCUAUGCCAGCAACCCUUCCAAAGGCCCCUCCCCCCUUGCCAACCAGGCAACAACCAUCCUCAUCACCACCGAAGACCCGGAUCUCAUCCGCAAACAACUCUCCGACCUGGUCACCACCACCGGCUGGACCGAGUCCCUCGCUCAAAGCAUCCUCCACACCCUCGAAGACGCCAUCAAAGGCUCCGCGAAGAUGGCCCGGCCGGCGGCCGACGCGCUGGCUCGGGCAACGCACGAGGCGCACGACUUCGCGCAUGACCACCCAGUCUAUACGACAGUUCUGGCGCUUGGGGUGUUGGUCAUCCUAGCGCCGUGGGUGUUGGAGGUGCUGGGGUUUGCGGAGUUGGGGCCCCUGGAGGGCAGCUUUGCCGCUUGGUGGCAGAGAUUGUAUGCGGGGUACGUGCCGAAGGGGUCGCUGUUUUCGUUUUUUCAACGUUUGGGGAUGAUCUGGAGGUUUUAG